AUGAGUGGCCUUGACGUCACUCAAGAGCUGGGCGGCUCUCCCCGUACAGAGUGCCUCGAAAAUCCGUCGAAAAUCUCCACACAUCCAUUUCUCCGCAUCACCCUUCUCAUCACCGCGUUAUUCUUCACAUCAUUGAUUUCCCUACAAAUUCUCUCUUCCACGCCAUCACGUCGCACAAAUCGUACUCACGAUUUCGGAAUGGAGGAACUCAGCUCCAAGCCAUUUGCGAGAUCACCUCGACGAGCUCGAAACGCUCUGGCGCGUGCUCUACGAUUUCCCAAAUGCUAUUUUCAGGACCCAGCCGAGUACACGGUCUCUUGCGCCUAUCUCGAACUUGAUGGCGAUCACCGAACGCAAAUGUGUCUCAUUCAUCAAAGG